AUGAGGAGUCUUAUAGUCCGACCAGACCUCGGCGCCACUCUUGCGGCUAAUACAUGUUUUUUUUCAUGGCGCGAAACCCUAACCCUGCUGCGGGAUGAAGAGGACCGCGAGUGCUCAGUGGCUUAUCAGCACGGUCGAAAAUCCAUCAGAGAAGCAUAUGAAGAACAGUUUGCCCCACAGGAUGCAAGAGAGGUUACAGUUCACCGGGUUGUCAAUAUUGUUGAGAAGAGGAACCCUAUGACACGACCGGGGGCAGAAUUUGACAGAGGAUAUGAUGACCAGCGGUACAGGGGCCCUCGUGACUACAAUAGUGGAAGAGGAUAUCACACCAAAGACACUUAUCGAUCUGAUGACAGUCAGUACUACGAUGAAAACUCCAGCUAUGAUAACUACCGAAGACACUCUCCACCACAUCGAGAUGACUCGUACCCUCAGACGAGUUACGGUCGAGAUGACUUGAGGCAUCAGCUAAGCUCAAGGAACAGGAGUAGAGGUCCUCCUCAUAGGAGAGGUCAAGGCUACGGUCCUCCUCCAAGGCUCAGCGCUUAUUACAAGUCCAGCGCAUCGAAGAGCUUCACCUCCAGCAGUUCUGUAGAGGACUCCCCCCACCCAGCCUCUUCUAAGGAAAAAUCAUCAGCAUCUGCAGCAGAGACAGAGGCCGUAGCAGCUGCCAACUCGGAGCCAAAGAUAAUUCAAGAGGAGGACAUAAAGGCACGUCGGUCAGAGGCCAUUAAGGCUAAAGUUGCUGAAAUAGAGAAGCAAUACAGGCAGGACUGUGAGACAUUCCGUACAGUGGUGAAGAUGCUGAUAGACAAGGAGCCCUCUUUGGAUGGUAUGCUGCAAGCUCCGCUGGACAAGAACCUGUUGGAGAUCCGACAGCACUGCCUAGAUGCAAUUAAGAGCUUUGUGAUGGAGCUGGAUGAGAUAUUGGGGCAGCCUGAAGCAACAGCCUGAUAUUGUGAUGGCAGACUGCUAAAGUGAUGUGAUGUCACUUGGACUUGAGCUGAAAAUCUGUGGACUAAAAAAUUAAAUCUUUUAUUGUAUUUCACAUGUUCUGUUCAAUGUAUUUCCAUAGCAGGAGGGAUGGGAUGGAAUUUUUAAAUGAUUAAUUAAUGUUGUUACAAUAAGGUACACACAGUAUUAAAUAAAAACAAAUCAACAUAGAAAAAAAAAUAGUUUUAAGCAAAUUAUAUGUAUAGCUUUGAACUUUUACUUGCUUUUAUAAUUGUGUUGCCAGAACUACUAAAGGUUAUAGCAGAACAUUUCAAUGGGAUAAUAUAAAGAAUUUGGUUAUUUUCUUGGUCAUUUGCAAACGUAAGUAACUCCAACCAAUAAUUAGGAUAUAGUUAAAUCGCUGUUUAUGCCGAGACCAUGUUUUAGUGUUUAAAAACAUGUCUUAUCCUGGAUUAAAGUUGAACUCUUUUUUUUCUUUUUUACAGUUUCAUAUUUUAGCUUUUGAAAUAAACGUCCAUUUUUUUCUUUACAGCAAUAGAUUGAAUAUAUCUGUCACAACAAGGAAGUUAUUACAUAGAUAUU